CCGGCAGCACGUGAUCUAGGCAGGGCCGAAGAUUUUGUCUCUCUCUCUCCUCCUUGCUUCUGUCUUUUCCUGCCUGCGAGGGACAACUACACCACUACAAGCUCCUCUCUACCAUACAAACUACGGCAGAGGAGCCCGCCCGACAUGGCCACCAGGAGAAAGAAGGAAGAGCAACUUCUCAAGUCUCUCCGCCAGCUCACGGCCCUCUCACACAACAAAAGGUGUCUCGAGUGCCAGGAGCGGGGGCCCACCUACGCCGACAUGACCACCCACGGAUUCGUCUGCACGUCUUGCAGCGGAUAUCUGCGUGGGCUGAACCCCCCGCACAGGGUAAAGUCCAUCUCCAUGACAACGUUUUCGGAAGACGAGCUGACUCUGCUCAAAGAUGGCGGAAAUGAGUUGGCACAUGCCGUGUGGAUGGGGCGAUGGAACCCCAGACAAGACAAGGAACCCAGCAAAAAGGACGAAGUGGGCUUCAAGGAGUUCCUCAUCUCGAAAUACGAGAGGAAGAUGUGGUAUCGGAGUCUGGCCGAGGUGAAGAGGGAGAGAGAGGGUCAGAACAACCAGAGCAGUACCCCGACCGCUGAAGCCAAAAUCCUCCCUCCUCCCUCAACAAAGAGAUCAGCAGGGACCGCGGCCACGUUUGUGGUCCAGCCACCUUCCUCUGCCCCAACUGCUGUGCCCGUGAUCUCCGCGACCCCCCAACCAACUCCGUCCACCGUUACUAGCACCGCCAAUACCGGAUCGACCGGUCAGCAGAAACCGGAUUUACUCGGCGGACUAGACGACCCGUUUGCUCCAAAACCUCCACCUCCUGGUGCAGUGGCUGUACUACCUCUAGGUGGUGUCCCAAUGCUGCUGAGGUCCACUAAAGAAGUACUCCAGCCAGGUGGAAGUGGCACAGCCAGCACUCCACAGACAUCGACUGCUGCCACCGGCAUGUCAGCUGCUGACAAAUAUGCAGCACUCGCUUCACUGGACGUGACACUGAAGGGGUUGCGUGUGAAAGACGAACCGCCAGCUCAACCCUCUCCUCCAACUGCUCAUCGCGGAGCCUUCGGAGGGGGAGGAGGAAGUAAUCCAUUUGGAGCCCCCCAACAGCAGCCGCAGCAAUCAACGGGUCCGGCACAGUUUAACCCCUUUGCUACGCCACCAAGUCAGCCAGUGACUGGCGGGUUAAGACCAGGUGGUGCGGGGUAUGGCGGAUUUCAAGGCCAGCAAUUCCAACCUGCGCAACAGUUUGGUGGGUAUGGUGGGCCUCAGCAGAUGGGGCAGGCCCAGAUUCAGAUGCAGAUGGCCAAUCCGCAGAUGGGACAGGUGGGUGGGGGCCAGUGGCAACAGCAACCGCAGCCAAUGCAGGGGGCGCAAUGGGGACUUCAUCAGCAGUCAUUUCAACAGGGGCAGAUGGGCCAGUGGGUUCAGCAGCACCCUCAUCAGCAGCACCCUCAUCAGCAGCAGGCUGCCAUGCAACAGCAGUGGAGACUGGCCGGCGGACAACAACCACAGGUGUUUGGUUCCGUUCCAAUGGGUAGCGGGCCUGUUCCAGGUGGAAUGAACCCUGGGACUGCUGGUGGUGGCUUCCCACAACAACAACAACAGCAACAACAACAACAACAACAACAGGCUCAGAUGAUGGCAAUGCAACAGUCACAGUUUGGGGGGUUCGUAUCUGCAGCUGGUGGUGGGGGAGUCAGACCUCAGAUGAUGGCUCCACAGUCGCAACAACAACAACAACAACAACAAGCUAAGCCGUUUGGCAGUGGUGGGGGAGGAGGGGGCUUUAAUUGGGGUACGAGCACUGUCUCGUCUUCUCAGCAACCGACGUCGUCUUCGUCUGGAGCUGUGCAGACGAGUGCAGGGUCUGGUGUUGGGAUGGGAUGGAGUAAUCAGCUUUCAAAACAAGCUCCACCUUCUAGUGGGUGGGGUGGAGGGUCUGGGGUUACUCCAGCAAGUUCUUCCUCUGGGGGAGGGGGGUGGAGUACCUCACUCCAGACUACUUCGAUGUCUGGCGGGGGAGGAUGGGGAGGGGGAGGAGGGAAUGUGGGUGGGGGAGGAUGGGUAGGAGGUGGGAGUGUGGGUGGGGGAGGAUGGGGAGGCAGUGCUCAGCAGCAGCAGCAGCCUCAACAACAGCAACAACAAGCAAACUGGGGGAGCAAUGGGAAACCAGCCUUCAAAUCCUUUUAUGCAGUCGACUCCGCAAACGCAUAA